GUGCUAGGGGCGUGGCGUGAAGUGACGGCCUCUGAGGUCACAUGACAGGGGCGCGGGCUAGGCUUUCUACAGUUGUUUGGGGAGGGGGGCCCGAGUCCGACCGACCAUGAGUUUUCUUGGAGGCUUGUUUGGUCCUAUUUGUGAGAUUGAUGUUGUUCUUAACGAUGCAGAAUCACGGAAAACAGCUGAAAUCAAAACAGAAGAUGGUAAAAUUGAAAAACAUUAUCUAUUCUAUGAUGGUGAAUCUGUUUCAGGAAAGGUCAACAUAGUCUUUAAACAACAUGGAAAGAGGCUAGAACAUCAAGGGAUUAGAAUUGAAUUCGUAGGACAAAUUGAACUUUUCAAUGACAAGAGCAAUACUCACGAAUUUGUAAACCUAGUGAAAGAGCUGGCCUUACCUGGGGAAUUAACACAAAGUAGAAGUUAUGACUUUGAAUUUAUGCAAGUGGAGAAGCCAUAUGAAUCUUACAUUGGUGCCAAUGUCAGAUUGAGGUAUUUCCUUAAAGUGACAAUAGUAAGAAGAUUGUCAGACUUGAUAAAAGAGUAUGACCUCAUUGUUCACCAGCUUGCAACAUACCCAGAUGUUAACAACUCUAUUAAAAUGGAAGUGGGCAUUGAAGAUUGCCUGCACAUAGAAUUUGAAUACAAUAAAUCCAAGUAUCAUUUAAAGGAUGUGAUUGUUGGGAAAAUUUACUUCCUCUUAGUCAGAAUAAAAAUUCAACACAUGGAAUUACAGUUGAUCAAAAAAGAGAUCACUGGAAUUGGGCCCAGUACCACAACAGAGACAGAAACGAUUGCAAAAUACGAAAUAAUGGAUGGUGCACCGGUUAAAGGUGAAUCUAUACCCAUAAGACUCUUCUUGGCAGGCUAUGAUCCUACUCCUACAAUGAGGGAUGUGAAUAAAAAGUUCUCAGUAAGAUACUUCUUGAACCUGGUGUUAGUUGAUGAGGAAGACAGACGGUACUUCAAGCAACAGGAGAUAAUACUUUGGAGAAAAGCUCCUGAGAAACUGAGGAAACAACGAACAAAUUUCCAUCAGCGGUUUGAAAGUCCAGAACCACAGGCAUCUGCAGAGCAGCCUGAAAUGUGAACUAAGGGUGAAAGAACUGUUGAUAGAUCAGCAGGUUAACGGUGGCACCAGCCUGUAGAGAAGAAGGCCAAAUCUUGCAUUACAACAGUCUUCCUCAUCUUACAGUGCUGCUUUUCCCACACUACUAAAACAUUCUUCUAGUAAACAUUCAAAUGUGUACAUACAUUUAAAACAAGUGCUUUCUCAAACACUGGAACUUUCUUAAGCUAUUUUAUACUGCACAUUUUACUUUUUUUGUCUGAUGUGAUGCACUCAGAUAUACAUAAUGCUUACAGUGUCUAGUUAAUGUGUUUUCAUGCAUGUAGGCUGGUGCAUUUAAGUUUAGCUUAUCAUUGAUUAAAGCAUUUCUUCCUAUACUACAUUUCACAUCAUAUCUCCUCAGUGUCUCUUACCUGUACUGGAAAUCCAUUGUCUCAAAAGUAAACAUUAAAGGAUAGAAAUGGGACUGGCCCCUGAAAAUACACCUGAUCUUGCCAUGAAGAGGUAGGUGAUGUGUACAAAAUGUUAGGUCCGAGACCAUACUCUGGUUUUCUCACUGCUUCUCUCCCUGAAAAAUAUGUAUGGACAAACUUCUUUCUAAAAUUGUUUUUAAGAGAGGUAGCUGUCUUCUAUUUUUUCUUUUUAAAAAAUCUAUUCUAAUGCUUCUCUUAUCAGGUUCUAUCAUAUGCCCUAUGCUAAAAUACAGAAUCCUUUCAUUUAAUCCUGUUUCAGUGGAGGGGUGUAUGUGAUUGUGAUUGAAAUAAGUUUUAAUACCACUUUUACUGAUGUUAUUGACAUGGGUCACAUGCACACAAAUCUCUUUGCACUCAAAUGCAACUUUCACUGUUGUCCUUUCCAAUAUACCCAAAUAUAAUGAAACAUUAUUUCCCACUCUGAUCUUGUAUAAUAAAACAUGGGCUUAUGGAAAGAUAAAUGGGUGGAAACUGUCUCAAUUCAAAUAAGUUUUGGAAGUCUGUGUAGCAAAACAUCUGAUAAUUUUUAAAUUUUGUUAAUUCAUCGUCUUUAGACAAACCUUGUUAGCCUCCAUCUGUCCACAAUGAAGUAUGUAGUUUUCAGAAACACACUGUUUUGGGCACAACACGGAACCUGCUGAAUAGAAAGCUACUCACAUUUAUAGUUCACUUGGCCUACUUACCAAGAAUGUUUCUUAACUUCAGUGCAAGUGUUAUUGGUUACCUUACUUUAUGGGUAAGAAAAAUCACUAAAUUAUACAUCCGUAAGAACUGUUUUAUUACUAUGGCACUUUGAUAAAGCAGACAGACAUGCUGCGUGCUGGGAUAUUUCUCUUAAUGUGGAUGCCUGUGAUGGAGAACUCCCUCAUGUAAGUGCCUGUUCAGAAUUUCAAACAAAAAAAAAUGCCAAAUAUUUUCAUGGACACUUGCAUAUUGUGAUCUGAAAACUUCCAAGUAAUUUUGAAAAAUGAUUGUAUUUAACCAGCCUCAAAUUGUGCAACUAUGUAAAAUAGACAUAAUGAACUGCUAUUUGAAUUAUUAAAAAUAACUGUAUUCUCACUAAA